UUCCCCACAAAUUCUGAUUGCUUACAGCCAAUGGGGUUUUCUCGUCUCUAUUUCUCUCGAUUCAGAAACUAACAGCAGCCGUCAUAUUGCUCAAAAGAUUAUAGGAAUAAGAAACAAAAACCCCCUUUUUCGUAUUUGAGUUAUAAUCUACGGCACCCCUGAUUUCAGGUUCUUUCUUCCCCUUCUUAGCUAUGAAACGAGGAUACUCAGAAUCCCCAUCGGCGUCUUUGGGGCCACCUCAAUCCAGAUUCAAGCACAACCCAGAAGGCGAUACUGAGUUCUUAGAAGAUGAAACCACCAAAAUUUUUGCUCGGAAAGUGGCUGAUCAUUACAGUGCUAGGACAAAUCAGACUUUAGAAGAGCGAGAAGCUAGUGUUAUCAUCCAUUUAAAAAAGCUUAACAAUUGGAUUAAGAGUGUCUUGGUUCAGCUUUAUGCUCGUCGAGGAGAUGCCGUUCUCGACCUUGCCUGUGGCAAGGGUGGUGAUCUUAUCAAAUGGGAUAAGGCCAGAAUUGGAUAUUAUGUUGGCAUUGAUAUUGCUGAAGGAUCAAUAGAAGAUUGUCGUACUCGUUACAAUGGUGACGCUGAUCAUCAUCAACGUCGUAAAAAAUUUUCAUUUCCAGCCCGCCUCAUAUGUGGAGAUUGUUAUGAGGCAAGGCUGGAUCAUAUCCUAGCAGAUGAUGCUCCGUUCGACAUUUGCAGUUGCCAGUUUGCAUUGCAUUAUUCUUGGUCUACCGAGGCUCGUGCACGACGCGCCUUGGCCAAUAUAUCAGCUCUUCUCCGCCCAGGAGGUAUUCUCAUUGGUACCAUGCCAGAUGCUAACGUGAUCGUCAAAAAGCUUAGAGAAGCUCAAGGCUUGACGUUUGGAAAUAGCGUCUAUUGGAUACGCUUUGAUGAAGAACAUGCCGAAAAGAAAUUUAACGCUUCCAGCCCGUUUGGUAUAAAGUACUUGUUUCAUCUAGAGGAUGCUGUUGAUUGCCCUGAAUGGAUUGUCCCUUUUCAUGUUUUCAAAUCAUUGGCUGAAGAGUAUGGCUUAGAGUUGGUUUUUGUCAAGAACUCACAUGAAUUCGUGCACGAGUACUUGAAAAAACCCGAAUUCGUGGAUCUAAUGCGACGGCUUGGUGCCUUGGGUGAUGGCAACCAAGAUCAAAGCACGUUAUCUCCAGACGAGUGGGAAGUGGCAUAUCUCUACCUUUCAUUUGUCUUGAAAAAGCGAGGCCAACCCGACCGAGCACAUGCACCGAAUAGACGAGACAGAGGGCAAAUGCAAAUAGCAAAAGGGGACAUAAUGUACAUAACUGACUAGUAGUUCACCAAAGAGCCCUUUCCUAAGCUCCCCUGGAGAAUGGCAAGGGUCUUGGCUAAGUGGAAGCAAGUGAAUCAUCCCCCAAACCAUCGUUUUAUAACCUUUUCUUUCUUACUGUAGAAUACUUCUGCUGAUCAAUUUUGUAUCUUUAUAACAAACAAUAAAAUGUAAGAUUGAACAGCCUUGCAGCUUCCCAGAAAGCAAAAGAAAAGACCAAUUAUUACAGUAGAAUAACUUUCACCC